ACAGAAGAAUGAGAAUGAGGGGGGGUGGAGAGACAUGCAGGUGAAGCAGGGGGAGAGAGAGCGAGGCAGUCAGUCAGCAGCCGGAGGAGAAGUCAGACAGAGCUCAGCGGGAAUCGAACCGACGGUCUCUCAGUAAAUCUUUGGUAACGAAGGUGUGUGUCUCCAUGGCGACGGGUAUGCGUGUGUUACUGAGUGCGUGGGUUGGCGUGUGCAUGGCACUGAACCUCGACACGUCGUUCCCGCUGCUGAAGACCGGCGGAGACGGAAGUCUGUUCGGACUGUCUGUCGCUCUGCACCAAGACCUGAAGACAGACAGUUACCUGCUAUUGGUCGGAGCACCCAGGGAGAGGGCAGAGCCUAAUGUUCCAGCCAAUCGAACAGGAGGAGUGUACAGCUGCCCAAUCACUACUGACCAAUCAGACUGCAGCAGGAUGAUGCUCAUAGACCCAGAUCUCAACCUGUCUGAGGACCUCGUUGAGGACAUGUGGUUGGGCGUGUCAGUAGCCAGUCAGGGUCGACCUGGGGGGAGGGUCCUGGCGUGUGGCCAUCGCUUUGUUAAACUCUAUGGAGCAUUCAAACUCAGACACAUGAUUGGCCGCUGUUAUCUCCGUGGAAACAACCUGCAGUUCGAUGACACGGACAUGCACUGGCAGAACCUGGACCAGCCGUGCAGUCACCUGGGUGACGUUAGCAGUGAGGUCAUGUGUAACAUGGGGAUUUCCGCCUCCAUCACUCAGACUGAAGUCAUUCUCGGCACACCUGGAAGCUACGAGUGGCAAGGUAACGUCCAUGUCUCCUGGAUGAAUCCAGACAUGGUCUUUGACACCCAGAGGAGCUCCUUCCCCAACCUGCAGCACAGAAACAUAUAUAUAGGAUAUUCAGUCACUCAGGCUCGUCGUCUUCUCUCUCAGGACGAUGAAACCAUAGUAACAGGAGCUCCUAAGGACAGUAAAGAAGACGCUCGUGGCUCUGUGCUGUUGGCGAUGAAACAGUCUGAUAAACUGCUGAUUCGUCAGACUCUGCGCGGUGAACAGAUGGGCUCGUACUUUGGUAACGCCGUGGCAACCACCGACCUCAACAACGACGGGUGGAAUGACCUGCUGGUGGGCGCUCCUUUUUACUUCCAUCGUCAGCAGGAGGCGGGCGGUGCUGUUUACGUUUACAUGAACGCUGGAGGUUGGUUUGAUUCUCAGCCCAGCGUGGUGCUGAGAGGACCAGCUGGAUCAGCGUUUGGUAUGUCCGUUACUGCUGCCGGAGACCUCAAUCAAGACGGCUUCCAGGACUUUGCAGUCGGAGCUCCUUUCCAUGAAACAGGAAGUGUGAUGAUCUGGACAGGAAGCAGCGAGGGGGUCUCUACAGAACCGAGCCAGGUGAUCCGGGGUAGCAGGGUCUCUCCCGGGUUCAGGACUUUCGGGUACUCUCUGUCUGGAGGUCUGGACGUUGAUGGGAACAAAUAUCCGGACCUGCUGGUCGGCUCUCUGGAUGACACUGUGGCUCUGCUCCGAACCCGUCCAGUCAUUCACCUCAACAAAACGCUCACAGUUUCUCCAGAUGUUGUCGACCCAAACAGUUGUGACUUCUGUAUUCAGGUGGAGGUGUGUUUCUCCUACAUCUUCAGCACUGGAGAGAAAAGCGACAGGGACAACAUCACCGUCCACUUCACUGUGACUGCUGACAUCACCAGCCUCAAGUCCCGCCUCCGUUUCCAUGACAACGGACAGCGCGUCUUCUCUGGUUAUCUGUCGAUGCCGAAAAAACAAUGUGAAACUCUGAAAGUCGGACUGCUGAGUCCAAUCCGAGACAAAGUGGAACCUCUGGUGUUCUCCCUGAAUGUCUCUCUGUAUGAGAAGCUUCCCAAGAAAAGAAACUCCGUUCAGGACCUGAAACGCCUCCCUGUGCUGAGCCAGACACCCCGACCAAUCAGAACCCAGAUCCACAUCCAGAAGGCCUGUGGUUCUGAUAACCGCUGCCAUAGUAACCUGCAGAUGACAGCCCAGUUCACAGAUGAGAACCAGAAACCCUUCCCCAUGCAGAAGGACAGUCAGGUGUUGUCCUUCAACACCAGUAUUAACCGAUUGUUUCUGGAGCUUAACGUCAGCAACACACCAUCACCGGGCCAACCGGCAGAGGACGCUCACAAUGCUGUUUUAAGCAUCAGCAUCCCACCGUUGCUCAUAUACUCUGGAGUCCGAACCAAGGUAGUGAACCUAAAGGUCUUUCAGCAGGGUGACGUCCAGGCAAUGGUGGAAUGUUCUGUUGUGGAAGCCGUUCUUCUCUGUGAGCUAGGGAACCCAUUCAAAAGCAACCAGAAGGUUCAGGUGUUGAUCAUAUUUCAGCCGUCUGAGAUAAGUUUGGACAGCAGAGUGAUUCAGUCUGUGUUGCAGCUGUCCACGCUCAGUGAGCAGUCAGAUCUGUUUCCUGUCACCGUCUCCAUGUUGGUGGAGUAUUCACUCCAGGCGUCUCUCGCUCUAGUCAAUCCACCAGGCCCCACCUCCUUCAGCGGUCACGUGAUUGGUGAGUCAGCCAUGAAGAAGACGGAGGACGUCGGCAGUCUGCUGCUCUUCACCCUCCAGGUGCACAUCAAAGGGAAGCCGCUGGGUCACCUAGGCAACCUUCAGGUGGUGUUUGAUUGGCCAAGGGAGGUGUCCAAUGGCAAAUGGCUGCUGUAUCUCACAGAUAUUGAAAUAAAUGGCACAUCAGAGUCACAUUGUGCUCCACCCGGCAACAUCAUCAACCCGCUCAACCUCAUGCUCUCAAAGGUGGUGAAGAAGAAAAGGAGUCUGGAGGAGGAGGUGAAGGAGGAGGAGCAGAGAGAAAAAACUCUACCUGUCCUCCACCUGCAGGGACAAAGAAAGAAGUCCUACACUCUGGACUGUGUGCACGGGGCUAACUGUGUGACGUUCGUAUGUCCACUGGUCAACAUGAACUCCUCAGCGACUCUGACCGUCAGAGCCAGACUGUGGAACUCCACCAUGAUCGAGGACUACAGUGAUGCUAGAAGUGUGUUGGUUCGAGGUCGGGCGUCUCUGCAGCUGCAGACUAAUAAACCGACCAUCAGCAUGGAGUCUCACAGCACAGAGAUUGAGGUCCACAUUUAUCCUGACCUGGGGCAGCAGGUGGACUCCAGCGCCCCCCUGUGGAUCAUCGUGGUUUCUGUGCUGGCUGGAGUCUUACUGCUGGCUCUGAUCUGCCUGCUGCUCUGGAAGUGUGGUUUCUUCAGGAGAGCCAGCACCAGAGAACUGUACCAGGCAAAGACCCAGAAAGCCCACAUGAAGAGCCAGCCAUCAGAGGCCGAGAGGCUGGACGAAGAACUCUGAGGCUGGGCAGGCUGCUGCCAGAGAGCCCUGCUUGUGGCUUCUUUGUGCGUCAGAGGGCGUGGGGGGCCACGGCGCUCCACCAGGGAAGGAUUAUGGGUAAAGACAAGCAGCAGCAGUAUACGGACGCCGACGGUUUCCUGAUCCGAGACGUCUCCUUGUCCAGCAACAGGAAGUCACCCAAGCACUGGGUCACCUCCUGGACUGAGAUAAACUGAGAGACUGAUGGUAACCAUGGAGACACAUCCUGAAUUGGACCAAACCAGACCAGACCGACAAAUUCCGAACCAAACUCACCUGGACCACACGUCCUGAACCAGACCAGACCAAACCAACACAUCCUGAUCCAGACCAGACCAGAACAAUACGUCCUGAACCAGACCAGACCAGACCAACACAUCCUGAACCAGAACAGACCAAACCAGAACAACACGUCCUGAACCAGACCAGACCAGAACAAUACGUACUGAACCAGACCAGACCAGAACAAUACGUCCUGAACCAGACCAAACCAACACAUCCAGAACCAGACCAGACCAGACCAAACCAACACAUCCUGAUCCAGACCAGACCAGGACAAUACGUCCUGAACCAGACCAGACCAGACCAGACCAAACCAGACUGACAAAUUCUGAACCAAACUCACCUGGACCACACGUCCUGAACCAGACCAAACCAACACAUCCUGAACCAGACCAGACCAAACCAACACAUCCUGAUCCAGACCAGAACAAUGCACUGCCUUUCCUAUUUGCUGGACUCUGUGUGUGAUGUCAUAUGAAAACCUCUUAACCUGUUCACUUUCAGUUCAGUCUGUAUUGAAAUACAGCGAUACGAGGUCUUCAGCUGACAGCGGGGGCUUAUUCUGAUGUAAAUAUUUUCUUUGGAAACAAGAGAUUCGUGUGUAUACAGAACAUUUACUUUAUUACUGAUCUGUAAUCAGAAUAUCCUGUGUGUUAAUAUUCUUUCAUGUCUGUAUGACUGGCGGUGUGCGAACAGCAUUUCCCAUCAUCCUCCUGGCCUCUGAUCAGCAUUUCCCAUCAUGCUCCUGGCCUCUGAUCAGCAUUUCCCAUCAUGCUCCUGGCCUCUGAUCAGCAUUUCCCAUCAUCCUCCUGGCCUCUGAUCAGCAUUUCCCAUCAUGCUCCUGGCCUCUGACUGUCAUCAGACAUGAACUUGACAUUACUUUCCGCACAGAUCAAACAGGAAGUUGUUCCUUGUUUCUCGUGCAGAUUUGAUGUUACCUGUGGAAACAGCUCGGACAUAAUGAGCUGAAAUCAAUCCAGAGACUGAUUAAUGAUUUGUCAGCAGGGGUCAGUGCCGACAGCUUCAGCUGUCCCGAUGUUAAUGUUUCAGUGCUGCUUUCAAGGGCUCGUUGUAAACUCCUCGUUCCCAGUGACGAGCUGUAAUUACAGACACGUGUUGCUCUCAGGUGCUUCAGGAUGUUGUAGGUUUUAGGAACAGCACAGCUGACCGCUGAAGUCUCUUCAUAAACAUCAGGUCACGUUUUGUGUCAUGUGAUGUUCGACCGCCUCUUAGACAUGUUUUUAUUAAACUGUGAUAUUUCUGACUGUGCUUGAAAGCAGCAUCUGUUUGUGUGUAAAACCUUCAGUGUUGUAGGUGUGGCUUGUCGUCACCGUGGUGACCUGUUCCUGUAUGUUGGUGAUAUUAAAGUAUUUUUUGAUAGUU